AGUUCACUUGUGAAUAUAGUCCUGAAGAAGUGCUAAAACUACAGUGUCGUGGUCCUAAGCAAAAGAAGAUGAAAGUAACGUGGAUUUUCGGGUUUCUGCUAGUCCUUGUGGCUUUCACAGUAGCUCAAAGGGCUCCCACAUUGACAGAAGACCAAGAGGCAAACUUGGAAGAUUUACUCUCCGUCGAUGAGCAAGGACAUGAAAAUGUUGCUGAUCGCACUGCAAGGCAAUGGGGAGGAGGUGGACGUGGCGGAUUUGGAGGAGGUGGACGCGGCGGAUUUGGAGGAGGCGGACGUGGUGGCGGAUGGGGAGGAGGUGGAGGCGGCGGAUGGGGAGGUGGUGGAGGCGGCGGAUGGGGAGGAGGUGGAGGCGGCGGCUGGGGCCGAUAA